CAAUUGCAUGUAUGUAUGAUUGACAAUCUCAAUAGUGGAUCAAUGGCUCUGUUCCAAUUCCAAAUAUGAGUAGUUCUUUCUCUCGAGCCUCUUGUUUAGAGUUCUCUCUCUCGAGCCCUUCGGUUCCAGCGGCCACUCAUCCAAUCAAAAUGUGCGUUAGUGAGACGUCGUAUUCAGCCAUGUUGUGGUUUUGAAUGAGGAAGAAGCGGGAGACGUUUAUUCUUUAGCGAGUUUAAAUACCAUUUAAAGUGAAAGCUACGUCACGUUUUUUAAUACGUUAGCGGUUCAAAAUGAUGCUUUCUUCGCAAAAGUGGUAGUUUCGACCACUUUUAAUGCAAACAGUUGCCCAGUUUAGCCUAGCCUGCUGGGUUAGCAUUAGCUAGCCGAGAUAGUUAGCUUAGCGCGCUAGAGCUAAGCUAACUAGCUAACUUUAAGCCAACUAGCGCAGUAGCUUAGUCAAAUUAACCAGAUAACCGAUGACUUUUGCUACGGUUGUCAACGAGCCGAUAUCAACCAGCCACAGCUAAACCAGCAGUCAGUCGAAUGACGCGCACUCGCUUCAUCUGUGUGGUCAGCGGGUCUGAAAGUGACAAUAGCGGCGGCUUCUUUAUCAACAACGCGUCGUUUAUCAAUAAGUCUCAAGACGGUCAUGAUGAAUAAAAUAUACGAGUGGAUGGCCACGAGCUACGCCACUUUCCGAGAAGGAGCGCCACGGGUCAACCACUCACGGGAGGACGCUCGAGCCAAGAGGAAAAGACCAAUUGAUGGUUUGGAAGACUGUAAUGACGCCGGCCACGAAGAUGGCAGGACUGCCAAGAAGUCGCGGAGAGGUGACCUCAUGGACACCGUGAAGGGCGCGGCGGAACGGAUAAAAGACCAUGGCUCCACUGUGGCGACCUGGGUGAAGAAUAACGUUGCAACGCCCAACUCUGGCCGUUUGGAUGCUGUGUUCGCAGCUCCAUCGACAACACCAUCGGAGUGGAAGUUAAAAUCUGAAUCGUACCGAAUUGAAAAGUUUGUGAUGGGAUCCAAAGUGUGCAGGCGUCAAGUGUGCAUGAAUCUAGCCCAACGAGAAGUUGCCAAAACAAAUGGACACUCGACCACGGUCCGGCGAUGCUCUACCCCCACCACCACCGCUGUACACCCUCCCCCACGGUUAGGGAGACCCCUCAGCCUACACCCGCAUGGAACUUCAAGGUCUUACACCAGCAUGUACGAGAAGACAUUCCCCAUCAGGAUGGUGCAGAGCCCAUCACACGGCCCCUGUGGCCGUCUGCCGGGGCCCCGACGGCGCAGCGCGGUGCUGGAGCAGUCUGUGUGUGAGGAGGAGGAGAAGGAGGCCUACAGGCAGCUUCUCAAAAUUGUUUCCGGUGGCCAUUCGUCGUGCCUCAACGUGCGUUCACACCGAGAUUUCACCAGCCUUCUGAGCACCAGCAAACGGCUCCUCCAGGCCUCCACCCCUGCGGGAGCGGAGGGUGUUUCAGACGUCCCCAGCAUGAGCCCGCGGGGCCUCUCCAGCCGGUGCUCCAGCAGCCUCCCCAGCCCUGUGGAGCCCUCCGUCAGGCCCGGCACCCUGCCGUGGUCCCCAGGGCUCAGCUCCACGGGGGCAGCCAGCAUUCAGUCAGUCCCCUCGCCUGGUGCCGUCCUGGACACCUCCUCUCGGGACAGUCUGUCGUCAGCUCACGAUGGGGACUCGGUAAUAAUUGUAAAAGAAGAAAGGAGUAAAAAGCCAAAUCCUCCAAGUGUCCCCUGCUUCAAAGCUGAGUUAUGGAUCAAAGAAUUGACUAGUAUGUAUGACUCUCGCGCUCGAGAGAGGCGGAGACAGAUCGAGGAGCAGGAGGCGUUGGCGGCAAUGCUCCUGCGCCAGCGGCUGUCCGGAGAUGGGCAGUUGAUCCCCAAGGUGGAGGUCCACAUUCGGGUUCCCCUAGAGAAGGAGGUCCCGCUGACUCCCCUCAUAAAAGAGCCAAAGAAGCUGGUUGAGAAACCAGAAUUCCCUGAGCUUGUCGAGGAGAUGGAGGACGAGGUGAGCAGGGUGCUGAAGGGAGGCAGUCCACAUGAAGUCCUAAGUGAAGGAUUUGGCCUCAGCCUCACGCGCAAAGACCUGCAGACACUCGGCAGCCUUAAUUGGCUCAAUGAUGAGGUCAUCAACUUCUACAUGAACCUGCUGGUGCAGCGCAGCAAAAGUCCCGGCAUGCCCACUGUCAACACGUUCAACACAUUCUUCUUCCCCAAGCUGCGCACCAGCGGCUAUUCCGCUGUCCGUCGCUGGACCAAAAAGAUGGACAUCUUUGCCGCCGACAUCCUUCUGGUGCCCGUCCACCUGGGGGUGCACUGGUGCCUCUCGGUGGUGGAUUUUCGCAAGAAAGUCAUCAUGUACUACGACUCCAUGGGGGGGAACAACGAUGAAGCCUGUCAGACGUUGUUACAAUACCUGAAGCUGGAGAGCAAGGACAAGAAGGGCAAAGAAAUAGAUACCUCAGGCUGGACUCUGCACAGUAGGAGACGAAAUGAAAUCCCCCAGCAGAUGAACGGGAGCGACUGUGGCAUGUUCACGUGUAAAUAUGCAGAGUAUAUCACCAAAGACAAGGCAAUAACAUUUACACAGAGACACAUGCCCUACUUCAGGAGAAGAAUGAUCUGGGAGCUGCUCAACCGGAAACUCUUGUGAGAGUCAACACGCGCCAGGCUCAGGAUGUCUUAACGUUGUUUGAGACGGCCACACCCUUCAAUACAACACUCUAUUGAGGUUCUCUCUGACAUACUCUUGGACCUCGCCCUGCCAUACAGCCACGUCUACAGCCUGGCCUCUGGGCUGGGUCGGACAUGUUUUGAAGGUGAAAGCACUGCCUCCCGUGACUGGACCAAGUUGCCAUUUGGGAUGCUCCAUCAUUGACAUUGCAGGUCAAGUGAUGACUUUAUUUUUGUAUUUGCCAUCAAGAACUGUAGGAAUGGGGAUUCCCUAUUUUGAUAAGUCACACUCAGACUCUAACCUUGCUGAAGUGUAGUGUUUGGGAGCACAUAUUGAUGCAGACACCCAUGGAUUUCAUCUUGUUUUAGUAUGCAAUUCAAAGAACACCAGACUGGAUCCAUACUUCAGAUGUCCUUUAACGGGGCCAUCGUUUCAAUUCAUUUCCUUGCCUACCGGAGAGGUUCAAAUGUUGAAUUGUAAAAGUUCAAAAACCUUGUCCUUACAUUGAUUGGAUUAGGGUUCAUGUGGUCUGAAGAGGCAACAUUUGAAACAAAGGAGAGCAUAAAAUGUUUUUAUGUUCGGUGUCAUAAUCUUUUCAAUGUGCCACUUUCAUGGAGUAUGUUUUGAAAUGCGAAGUGUUAAUAUGGAUCGCACUAUGGGAUUUGGACGUCUCAUGCGAAGUCUGUCAAGUCUUUAUUCCAGCUGGUAACACACACGGGUUGAGCUGCAUUCUCCUGUGUUAUCAUGAGAGGUGCUCGAGUCUCCAACGGCAGCUUUUGGGUAUUCAGGAUAUUUUCACCUUUGAACACAGGCCUAAGCAAUCGGCCUCAUGGACAGUGUAUUUAAUAUACAUUUUUAUACUUUUUUUUACGUUUUGUUAACUUGUUAACUUAACUUUUAGAAAUAAAUCUCUUGUGUAUUGUGUGCUUUCAA